UUAGACGCUUGAUGGUUGCUCUUUCUCGAUAUGUAUGGCACUCGCCCCCUCAUCAGCGCGAGCAGUCUGUGUUUGGUCGACGCAAAGUGCCUCCCCAUCCUGGACACGCAAUGUCUCUUUGUCAUCGCCUGGAGAAGCCAAAGCGCCGCUUCCUCGUUCUUCUCCUUCUUGUGGCUGUAUGCUGUCCAGCUUGUUUUGCUUCGCGUCCUUGUCGAAAAUGUAGAAGACGAAAAAGCUGAGAAUCCAAGCGAUGCCAAAAGCAAUAAGUUUUCCGCCGAUCCCUUGGCCGUUCAACGCCUCAGCCUCUGAGUCGUCGCUUCCGCCUUGGUCACAUACCUAAGGCCAAAGAAAAGAAGAAUGGUAUAGGUGCUUGGUCUUUUUGCUUUUUUCACACUGACAUCGUGCUGAGGGUUGUAAGGCAUGAAUUCCGCCAAAAUCUUGUCAAUCUCGCCUCCUGCGUUUGCCUCAGCAAUCAUUUGAUUCAUCGCAGCGACCAU